CGACGACCGUACCGCCACCGCUCCCUCUCCGACGACCUUGACUCAGACUAGAGUACCACCUAUUUGCUCCUUUGCUAGACCGCUAAGACCUCUCUCUCUCUCUCUCUCUCCCCCGCGUUAUUCCUCUACAACGCAGUCGUCUAGACUAGGACGAGAUGGGGAGACGGGCCCAAAGGAGAUUCUGCAAGGAGCAAGGCUCGACCUUCCAGCAGAAGCUUGGCAGCUUCUCUGUUGCUAUCUGGCUCUGCAGCUGCAGCCGUAGGUUUUGGCGGCUAUGUCGGUAGCUCUAGAUUCGAAACUUCUGUAUCAAACGAAGACCCUGCUCCUCUUCUUGGAUUUGGAUAGUGAGGUUGCCCAACACUUGCAACGGCUUUCAAGGAAAGACUCUACAACAAAGAUUAAAACUCUUGCUUCCCUGUCAGAACUGAUUAAGCAAAAGAAAGGCAAGGAACUCUUGCCCAUGAUCCCACAAUGGGAGAGAUUUAGCACCUCAUCUUAAGUCUAUAAUGGGGCCCUGGUGGUUUUCACAGUUUGACUUGGCAUCUUAAGUUUCUCAAGCAGCAAAGUCGUCUUUGCAGGCAGCAUUCCCUGCACAGGAAAAGAGAUUGCACGCCUUGAAUUUAUGUUCAGCUGAGAUUUUUGCUUAUCUGGAGUAAAAAUACUUACACCCCAAAAUUUAUCUGAUAAAGCACUUGCUUCAGAUGAAUUAGAAGAAAUGUACCAGCAGCUUGGCUGCUUCUUUGUUGCCGUCUGCCUCUGCAGCUGCAGCCGUAGGUUUUGGCGGAUUUGUCGGUAGCCCUAGCUUCGAAACUUCUAUGUCAAACAAAGAUUCUGCUCCCUUCUUGGAUUAGGAUAGUGAGGUUGCCCAACACUUGCAACGGCUUUCAAGGAAAGACCCUACAACAAAGAACCGAUUAAGCAAAAGAAAGGCAAGGAACUUUUGCCAAUAAUUCCACAAUGGACAUGUGAGUACAAGAAGUUGAUACUGGACAAUAGUAGAGAUAUUCGGCGAGCUACCUAUGAUGUCAUGACUAAUGUUGUCACUGGUGCCGGGAGAUCAUAUGUGGCUCAAGAAGUGAUCCUUAAAGGGGAAAUAAGAUGAAGAGAAAGCAUUACUUUGACUUCGACCAUCCAUUAAAUCCAUGCCCUUUCGAGGUGUUCUGCUCGGGGACAUGGAAGGCCGUGGAGUACUUAAGGAUCGAGAAUGGAGCGAUGACGAUGCGUCUCUUGGAGAACGGACAAGUGUUGGAUGAUAUAAGACCAUUUCAGAGGCUUCGUCUUAGAUCAAGAAAGGCCACUUUGGUCGAUUGUACAUCUUUUCUAAGACCUGGUCUGGAUGUUUGCGUUCUCUAUCAGAAAGAUGUCACUGUGGAUGAAGAGACUACAGAGCCGGUUUGGGUGGAUGCAAGGAUAUUAUCUAUAGAGAGGAAGCCUCAUGAAUCUGAAUGCUUUUGUAUAUUCCAUGUUAGUGUGUAUAUAGACCAAGGCUGCAUCGGUUCGGAGAAACAUAGAAUGAAUAGAGCUUCGGUACUGAUGGGCCUCAACCAAAUCUCUAUACUCCAGAAGCUUUGCAAGGAACAAAGCUUGAACCGCUACUACAGAUGGAGAAACUCUGAGGACUGUACUUCGCUGGUGAAAACAAGACUAAAUCUGGGAAAGUUCUUGCCUGAUGUUUCUUGGUUGCUUGUUACAUCAGUUUUGAAAAACAUUGUGUUUCAGAUCAGAACCUUUCACGAGAAGAUGGUUUAUCAGAUUGUGGCGGAUGAAUGCUCUAGUAGCUCUUUGAGUGCAAUGAACAUCACGGUGGAAGACGGUGUUUUCAUGUCCAAAGUUGUUUUGUUCAAUCCAGCUGAGGAUACUCAUCAAGAUACUGAUGUAAAGCAGGAGAUCGAAGAGGAGGUAAUGGAGCUGCGUCGAUCCAAGAGAAGAAGUGGGCGGCCUGAUAGAUUCGCUGACUCUGAGAGUCAGCCAGAUUCAAAGGAUGGAUGGGUAAGGAUGAUGCCAUAUAGGUACAGCACAUGGACUGAUUUAAGUGAUGAUGAUGAAGAUUAUGACGAAGAAGAAUGUGAUGAUGAUAGAGAUACCGAUGACGAUUUAUACUUACCGUUAUCGCAAUUACUUGGAAAAAAGGGAAGCACAAAGGGAUUAAGUAAGGAUAAGCGAAGAGAGAUUGUUUUGAUAGACAAAACAGAGAUGAAGAAGAGGAAAAAAACAGAGAGAAUUGAUAGAAAUCGCGAGCUUUCGGUUAUUCCCUUCACUCCCGUCUUUGAACCUAUACCGUUGGAACAGUUUGGUUUCAAUGCAAAUAGUUUGUGUGGUGGUUCCUCUGGAAGUCAUUUGAUGGAUGAGAUAGAUAAGUAUCGUAGUAGAGCAGCAAAAUAUGGGAAAAAUAAGAAGUUUGAAAUGGACGAGAUGGAAUCUGAUCUAUGUUGGAAUGGACCCCUCAGGAAUGUGGUUCAAAAAACAAAUGGACAGCAUUCCCGAAUACGGUCUGUUUCUGGGAACACCGGAGUUUCCGAGGAACCACAGAUUUAUAAGAAGAGAACAUUGAGCGCAGGUGCGUAUAACAAGCUGAUAGACUCGUACAUGAGUAGAAUUGAUUCUACAAUUGCAGCCAAGAACGAAGCGACCAAUGUUGUUGAGCAGUUGAUGGGGUUAAAGAACGCUGCAAGCUCUUCCAUGGAAGCCGAAAAAAGUUCGAGUGAGGAUGAUGAUGAGGAAGAGACGUCAGAGAACGAGAUGCUAUGGAGGGAAAUGGAACUAUGCUUGGCUUCUUCUUACAUUCUUGAUGACAAUGAGGUGAGAGUGGAUAACGAGGCGUUCCAUAAAGCACUCGGUGGUUGUGAACAUGAUUAUGAAUUGAAUGAAGAAAUCGGAAUGUGUUGCAGAUUGUGUGGUCAUGUAGGAACUGAGAUGAAACAUGUUUCUGCACCUUUUGCGCAUCACAAGAAAUGGACGACAGAGACUAAGCAAGUCAACGAAGAUGACAUAAAUACUACGAAAGUGAACCAAGAUGGAGCUGAGAGUCAUAAUUACACUGUACCAGUUGCUUCCUUAGAUAUGCCCUCCGCUGAAGAAAGUGACAAUGUUUGGUCUCUUAUACCUCAGCUUAAGAGAAAACUACAUUUACACCAGAAAAAAGCUUUUGAGUUUCUCUGGAGGAACCUAGCCGGGUCAGUGGUUCCCGCGAUGAUGGAUCCGAGUUCAGAGAAGAUAGGUGGGUGCGUGAUUUCUCAUACUCCUGGAGCAGGCAAAACAUUUCUGAUCAUAGCUUUUCUUGCAAGCUACUUGAAGAUAUUUCCGGGUAAAAGGCCAUUGGUUCUUGCUCCGAAAACAACCUUGUACACAUGGUACAAGGAGUUCAUCAAAUGGGAGAUUCCGGUACCCGUUCACUUGCUCCAUGGUCGUAGAACCUACUGUGUGGCCAAAGAGAACACCAUUCAGAUCGAGGGAAUUCCAAAACCGAGCCAAGAUGUUAUGCAUGUUCUUGACUGUCUCGACAAAAUCCAGAAAUGGCAUGCACAGCCUAGUGUUCUUGUAAUGGGUUACACAUCGUUUCUAACAUUGAUGAGGGAAGAUUCAAAGUUUGCUCAUAGAAAAUACAUGGCUAAAGUACUGAGAGAGUCUCCUGGAUUACUGGUUCUAGACGAGGGACAUAACCCGAGGAGUACCAAGUCGAGAUUACGAAAGGCCUUGAUGAAAGUUGAUACUGAUCUGAGGAUUCUGCUUUCGGGCACAUUGUUUCAGAACAACUUCUGUGAGUACUUCAACACUUUGUGCUUGGCUAGACCCAAGUUUGUUCACGAGGUUCUAGUUGAGUUGGAUCAGAAGUUCCAGACAAACCAAACUGAGCAAAAGGCGCCUCACUUGCUUGAAAAUAGAGCUCGGAAAUUCUUCCUCGACAUUAUAGCCAAGAAGAUUGACACAAAAGUGGGCGAUGAGCGCUUGCAAGGUCUCAACAUGUUGAGGAAUAUGACCAGUGGUUUCAUCGAUAACUAUGAAGGGAACGGAAGCGGAAGCGGAAGUGGUGACGUUCUCCCAGGUUUGCAGAUUUACACAUUGUUGAUGAACUCCACAGAUAUACAGCACAGAACUCUUACCAAACUUCAGAACAUAAUGUCGACUUACCAUGGAUAUCCACUCGAGCUCGAGUUACUCAUAACGUUAGCAGCUAUCCAUCCUUGGUUGGUCAAAACCACUGCCUGUUGCACCAAAUUUCUCAAUCCUCAGGAGCUUUCCGAGAUUGAGAAGCUCAAGCACGAUGCAAAGAAAGGAUCAAAAGUCAUGUUCGUGCUUAACCUCGUGUUCCGGGUGGUCAAGAGGGAGAAAAUCCUCAUAUUUUGCCACAACAUUGCGCCGAUUCGCCUGUUUCUUGAGCUGUUUGAGAAUAUUUUCAGGUGGAAGAGAGGCCGAGAGCUCCUGACCUUGACAGGGGAUCUUGAGCUGUUUGAGAGAGGCAGAGUGAUAGACAAAUUCGAAGAACCAGGAGGCCAGUCCCGUGUUCUGCUCGCUUCGAUCACGGCCUGUGCAGAAGGCAUCAGUCUAACAGCUGCAUCACGGGUGAUCAUGCUUGAUUCAGAGUGGAAUCCUUCUAAGACAAAGCAAGCAAUCGCACGUGCAUUCAGACCGGGACAGCAGAAAGUGGUGUACGUUUACCAGCUCUUGUCCAGAGGAACACUUGAGGAAGACAAAUACAGGAGGACAACCUGGAAAGAGUGGGUCUCAAGUAUGAUUUUCAGCGAAGAAUUUGUGGCGGACCCAUCUCAGUGGCAAGCUGAGAAGAUUGAGGACGAUGUUCUUAGAGAAAUCGUGGAGGAAGACAAAGUCAAAUCAUUCCAUAUGAUCAUGAAGAAUGAAAAAGCUUCAACAGGUGGCUAAUUGCGUAACUUUUACCGUUCAAGUUUUCUGUUUCACCAUGCAUUUAAUGAUGCUUCUUUAACAGCUUGUUGUAUUGUAAUAAAUAAACUUAUCUUGUAUCAAAAGUUUGUGUAACCCAUUCAGCUGUAGGAUCAUCUUCUUAUAAAAUAAAGUGAAACAGAUGUACCCACAUACUCUUGUUUGAUAAAGCAAACUCCAAAUAAGAUAAUUAAACAGCUCA